AUGCGGCAGGCUUUUGUGGACACGGGAUACAGUGGAAAGUUAGCAGAAAAGCUUAAGACUGAAGACUCAGAAGACGAGAUGGUUACAAGUCGGAUAUUGUUCUACGCGACAUAUAACACCACAUUGGACUUUAAAGACUUGAUCAAGAGUCACGCAUUGGGGGAGAAUGUGAACUAUCAAUUGAGCCGUCAUGCGAAGCAGUUCCCGAAGUCCGGAAGAAAACCAUUGUCAAAAAUGGACGAAUUGGCCUUGUCAGACACGCUGAAAUUGAUAUACAACAUCUCCAAGAUAUUUCCAGAUCUUGCUCCCGAGUUCUCCCCUUCCAUUCCUCAUGUACUGAAGAUCAUAUGUCGCAUUGAUAUUCCAGCAAAGCCCCUAGAUGGUUUAGUGGGCGGCUUGCUCAAUACAUUGUCUAUACUUGACUUGGAGGAAAAGAAAGGCAAGGUUUUCGAGAGCAGCCCCCUUUUUCCGACAUUCGACAACAACUGCAACGUGGACAAGUUGAUCAGCAUCUUGGAUCACGCCACAUCCACGUAUAGCCCUACGGAGCUAGAGGAAAAUGCAGUCCCGUUACUAUAUUCACUCAUCGCUAUCCACGAAGUGGCACCCGAUGGGCCCCGCAAGCAUAUGCAGUCGCUUCUUUUGCCCGAGGACACUGACCGAAGCUUGCCAAUUGGACAGUCAGACACGCUUUCUUCACGACUUCUGAAGCUCUCGACAACCCACUUUGCCAAUCUGAAGGUUACAAUUUCCGAGCUGAUGUUUGUCCUAUCAGAUAAGGAUGCGGAGAAACUCACUAAGAAUAUUGGCUAUGGCUUCGCUGCUGGCUUCCUGGCAGCACGCGGCAUUGAGAUGCCACACAGUGCAACUGAAGCAUCUUCAGCCAAGGACGGCCCAGACACCGCACGCAAUCCAAUCACUGGACAACGGUGGGCCGCUGAGCCGCAGGAUUCCGGUCCGCCUAUGACCAUGGAGGAGAAAGAGCGCGAGGCGGAGAGACUCUUCGUAUUAUUUGAGAGGGCCAAAGCAAACGGUCUCCUUAAUGUCGAGAACCCCAUGUCGAAGCCAUUCAACCCCGAGGAGGCGGAGAAUCUGGAGGAUAUGGAGAAGCAGUUCGCCGUCAAAGCGGUUGAACAUCUCAUGACAUACUGGGCUAUUUUGGAGAAGGUCAAGGGCUCGCAGCUUCGCUUGACCAAGCAGGACGAUGACAUCUACAAUUCAUUUAUGGAGGCAUUCCCCGAUUUCGAUCCCGCCGGGACCCUCGUCGAGGACGAGAUGAAGAGCAAGGCCGGCAAGGAGAAGUGGCGCAACUGGAUGAUGAAGUGGAACAAGAUCGACGACUUCAACUUUGGCACCAUGAUCCGUACCCGUGCGGAUGCCGAGUAUGACCAGGAAACCACCAUUUUCGGUGUCCGCAUGCAGUUCUACGCUGUUGAGAUCGCUAGAAACCGUGCCGGUCUAAACGAUUGGAUUUACGAGAAGGCCCAGAAGGCCAGCUCCUGA